UUCGCUCACAAAUGAAAAAUCGAAGUGUAAAGUAACAGAACAGAGCGAGAAGAAAAUCAGGAGCCAAAAAUUUCAGCAAACAAUUUUGUAGAAACCAGAGAGAGAGAGAGAGAGAGAGAGAGAGAGAGAGAGAAUUCUCUCUCAAUCUACUUCCGAUUCUCGGAUUCUGAUGUUUGUGAAAUACUUCGUCUGAUACAUAGAUAUAUCUAGAUUGAUUGAUUUACAGUUUUUUGGUGAUGGCGUGGUGUAUAAAGAGUGUGAAUAGAUCGGCGUCGUCGGCGUUCUCGCCGGACGGUGUGUACAUGGCGGCGGGGACUAUGGCGGGGGCGGUGGAUCUGCAGUUUAGCUCCUCCGCUAAUUUGGAUAUAUUCGAGCUCGAUUUUGUGUCGGAUGAUCGGCAGCUGAUCUUGGGGCCCGCGAAUUCUGAGGAGUAUUCGCUUGGCCUCAUUGCUGGUGGCCUCGUUGAUGGAAAUAUUGGUCUCUGGAAUCCUAAGCCUCUGAUCUCCCCACAUAAUAAGGGUUCUGAUACAAGUGAGAAUGCUUUUGUUGCGAGUCUUUCUAGACACAGAGGGCCUGUUCGUGGCUUAGAGUUCAAUUCUCUUUCUCCAAAUCUUCUUGCCUCUGGGGCUGAUGAAGGUGAUAUUUGUAUAUGGGAUGUAUCCAAACCAUCAGAGCCAAGUCAUUUUCCGCCGCUCAAGGCUACUGGUUCUGCAACACAAGGUGAAAUUUCCUUUUUGUCGUGGAAUAGCAAGGUUCAGCAUAUACUGGCCUCCACUUCAUAUAAUGGGACAACUGUGGUGUGGGAUCUGAAGAAGCAAAAGCCAGUAAUAAGUUUCUCUGAUUCAGUUAGAAGGAGAUGCUCUGUUUUGCAGUGGAACCCAGAUGUUGCUACUCAACUCAUUGUUGCUUCAGAUGAAGACAAUUCACCUUCUCUCAGGCUGUGGGAUAUGCGGAAUAUAAUGUCUCCAGUGAAAGAGUUUGUAGGGCACACCAAAGGUGUCAUUGCGAUGUCAUGGUGCCCUAUUGACAGCUCUUAUCUGCUUACCUGUGCCAAAGAUAACCGUACUAUUUGCUGGGACACAUCAUCUGGAGAGAUUGUUGCUGAAUUACCUGCUGGAACGAACUGGAAUUUCGAUGUGCAUUGGUAUUCUAAAGUUCCCGGAGUCAUAUCAGCAUCUUCAUUUGAUGGGAAAAUUGGCAUUUAUAAUGUAGAGGGUUGUGGUCGUUAUGGUCUUGGAGAGAGUCAAUUUGGUUCAGCAUCAUUCAGGGCCCCAAAGUGGUACAGUUGUAAAGCCGGAGUAACAUUUGGUUUCGGAGGCAAACUUGUUUCUUUUCACUCUACUGAAUCUCGAGCUGGAUCUUCGGAGGUCUAUGUGCACAACUUAGCUGCGGAACAUGGUUUGGCAAGUCGAUCUUCUGAAUUUGAAGCUGCACUAAAAAAUGGUGACAAAUUGGCGCUAAAACUUUUGUGUGAAAGGAAAUCUCAAGAAUCUGAAUCUGAUGAGGAGAGGGAAACAUGGGGCUUCAUGAAAGUUAUGUUUACCGAGGAUGGGACUGCAAGGUCCAAGCUUCUCUCUCAUCUUGGUUUCGUUCUGCCUGCUGAAGAAAAUGGCAUAAAUAAAGAAGUCUCGGAGCAAUUGAAUGCUCUUGGUCUUGAUGAGAGACUGACUGAUAAAGAAGGAUCUUCUGGAAACAAAGAAUCUACCUUAUAUGCAACUGACAAUGGAGAAGAUUUCUUCAACAACCUUCCCAGUCCCAGGGCAGAUACCCCCUCUUCAACUUCCAAGAAUGAAUUUACUGUUCCCGACUCGGUAAAGGAGUCCAAACAAGAAAUAAAUGACCAAGAGGAGGCUUCUGAUCCUUCAUUUGAUGAUGCUGUACAACGUGCUUUGGUUGUUGGGGACUACAAGGGCACAGUUGCACAAUGCAUUUCAGCAAAUAGAUGGGCAGAUGCUCUGGUCAUUGCCCAUGUUGGUAGUGCUGCCUUGUGGGAGCGCACACGUGAUCAGUUCCUCAAGACAAGUCAUUCUCCAUACCUAAAGGUUGUUUCUGCCAUGGUAAACAAUGACCUCAUGAGUUUAGCGAACACAAGGCCCCUAAAAUCAUGGAAGGAAACACUUGCUCUCUUUUGCACUUUUGCACAGUCAGAUGAGUGGACUCUAUUAUGUGACACUCUUGCUACAAGACUCAUGGCCGCUAAUGAUACGGCUGCGGCAACACUGUGUUAUAUAUGUGCUGGAAAUAUUGAUAAAGCAGUGGAAAUGUGGUCAAAGAAUCUUACAACAGAGCAUGACAGAAAACCCUAUGUAGACCGCCUCCAGGAUUUAAUGGAGAAGACUAUUGUCUUUGCUUUGGCUACUGGGCAGAAGCGAUUUAGCACUUCAUUAUGUAAGUUAGUUGAGAAAUAUGCUGAAAUAUUAGCAAGUCAAGGGCUUUUAACUACAGCGAUGGAGUACUUAAAUCUUCUGGGAACCGAAGAAUUGUCUACUGAACUUAUGAUCUUACGUGAUCGUAUAGCUCUUUCAACUCAGGCAGAUAAAGAGAUUGAGAAGACUAUUGCUUAUGACAAUACUCACCUACGAAGUGGAUCUCCAUAUAGUGCUGAUCAAUCAGGUUAUGGUGUUACUGAUGCCUCUCAGCGUGGUUAUUAUCCAGAUGCGGCACCACCAUCCCAGACACAACCGACUGUCCCAAGCAGUCCCUAUACUGAAAAUUAUCAGCAGCCAUCUGCUGUUCCGUUUGGCAGGGGUUACAAUGCUCCUCCCACAUUUCCACAAGCUAGUACACAGCCUUCCCUAUUUGUUCCUUCUCCGGCAGUUCCACCUCCAAUGGGAAACUUUCCUCCACCUCCUGUUCAUUCCCAGCCUCCUGCGAAAUUUGUUCCUGCAAACCCUCCUAUGUUGAAGAACUUGGAGCAAUAUCAGCAGCCAUCAUCUUUGGGUUCUCAGUUAUAUCCAGGUGCUGCUAACUCUAACUAUCAAGCUGGUCCUCCGGGGGUUGCUGCAUACGGUGCUACCUCAUCUCAAGUUGGUCCAACUCCCAGGCAAAUGAUGCCCCAGGUCUUGGCUCCUACUCCAACACCAAGAGGUUUCAUGCCAGUCAAUAGUUCAGGGGUUCAAAGACCAGGGAUGAACCCAAUGCAACCUCCUAGUCCUACUCAGCCUGCUCCAGUGCAACCACCUUUUACUCCUGCUGCUCCCCCACCAACUGUGCAGACAGUUGAUACUUCAAAAGUACCUGCACAACAGAAGCCUGUAAUUGCAACUUUAACAAGACUAUUUAACGAGACAAGUGAGGCAUUAGGAGGAUCACGAGCAAAUCCAGCUAAGAAGCGGGAAAUAGAGGACAACUCAAAGAAGCUAGGUGCCUUGUUUGCGAAACUCAAUAGUGGAGACAUAUCUAAAAAUGCAGCAGAAAAGCUUGUACAACUCUGUCAGGCACUAGACAAUGGUGAUUUCGGUACUGCCCUUCAAAUUCAGGUGCUUCUCACGACAAGUGAUUGGGAUGAAUGCAAUUUUUGGUUGGCAACACUCAAAAGAAUGAUCAAGACCAGACAGAAUUUAAGAUAAAUUAUUAGAUCAACUCCUCAACUUGCAAAACUUCUCGUUAGCGCCAACUUUUAGUUGCGGAAUCAUGUUUAACCAAACAUUUGUACACAAGAACUGACAGCCAUUCCCAUAGGGCAUGCAGGUUUUGGUUUUACCUUUAUCCUUCUCUUUUACCCCAUGCUUUAACUUCAUCCAAUUUCUUGAGAGCAGUUUGAGAAAGGUAGUAGCGAGGACAGUCAUGUGAUGGUUGGGUUAAGAUAUGUAUACAUCUUUAUCUUUAGCAUGCACUGUUGUAAUGUCUCCCAAAAGUCCGGCUUUCAGAACUUCACGUAUCAAUUUGAGUGAGGCCGUUAGAUUGUACUGUUGAUUAGAUCAAUAAAAACUUCCCUUCUUUUAUGUUUA